AUGACUUCAGCCAAUGCAAUGAAUGACGAUUUGCUGGAUAACUAUAAUCCACUGUACGAUGUCCAUUUGCGACAAUAUUUCGCGCUGCCGCACAUGCAACGACAUCUCAGAAAUAUCGGCUUGCUUGAAGAAAACGAGGACGAUUUGGGUGACGGGGUAUCACGUACACGCCAUCAUGUGACGAUUGACAAAAUACUUCGAAAUCGUGAAGCCGAGCUGCAGAAGUACGCCGAUUUACAGCGCAAACUAGAUGCUGCAGAGAAAAUCGAGAUAUGCCGCAGGAUACGAAGCGGAGCGACAAGCCUUAGCGCCUGCAACCGUGUUAAACCUUCGCGUAGCCUUAGCCGAGGACGUCACAUGAAGGCUCAUCAAAGUCGUCGAUCCUCGACUAGUACCGAUGAUAAGGAUUUAAUUAAGAAAAUAGAAACGGAAAAUGAAGAACCGACUUACCCCAACGCUUCCUUGGUUUUUAACAGGCUGUCCUCAAGUAUACUUAAAUAUCGCUAUCUACAUAAGGUUCAUUUCAAAUCCAUUUUUUAUGUGUAUUGCAUUUUCGUUGAUUAG